ACUACUAUAUAUAUUAGCCAAACUCCACACAAAAAAUCUCUGUGCACAAAUAGAUCGAAAAAAAAAAUUAGAUAAUAAAAAAUAAAGAAUGGGUGAUGGAAUUGUGCAAAGGGCUCUAUCCAGCCUUGGCAAAGGCUUCGAUUUAUCAUCCGAUUUCCGACUGAAAUACUGCAAGGGCGACGGCCGCCUCGUACUCCUCAACGAGUCCGACACCCAGGAGCUUCGGGUCCCGGGGUUCGGAUCCCUGGCCGACGUGUCAAACGACAUAAAAUGCGACAAGGGCGACCGUACGAGGUACCAGACCGACAUCCUCGACUUCAAGCAGAUGUCGGAAUUUUUCAACCAGAAAAGCUCGGUGGGCGGGAAGGUACCGUCCGGGCUUUUCAACUCGAUGUUCGGGUUUCAGAGUGGGUCGUGGGCCGUGGAUGCUUCGAAUACGAAGAAUCUAGGGCUGGAUGGGUAUUACAUAGUGCUGUUUACACUUCGUAUUGAUCGACAUCCUUUGAUUCUUGCUGAUCAUGUAAGAAAUGAAGUUCCUACUAAAUGGGACCCAGCUGCUCUUGCCAGAUUUAUUGAAAAAUAUGGUACUCACAUAAUUGUGGGGCUGAGCAUAGGUGGAAAGGAUGUAGUAUUAGUAAAGCAAGAUAAAUGUUCAAACAUGGACUCAUCACACCUCAAGAAUCAUUUGGAAAAUCUUGGUGAUCAGUUGUUCACUGGGGCCUGCCCCUUUUCUCCAAAUCAUCCCACCAAAACUAAUCAACUACAACAAAACUACAAGGCACCGCAAGCUUUCCGUGAGAUAUUUGAUCCACACCCAAAUCUCUUCAGCAACUACGCCUCUGCAACUUCAAAAGAUGGGAUAAGUGUGAUAUGUUCAAGAAGAGGUGGAGAUCCAAGAGUGAGCACACAUUGUGAAUGGCUGCCAACAGUUGGAUCAAAGCCAGAUGCCAUUCAUUUCAACUUCAUUCCCAUCACUUCUCUUCUUAGAGGUGUCCCAGGCAGAGGCUUCUUGUCCCAUGCCAUCAACCUCUACCUUCGUUAUAAGCCUCCAAUUGGAGACUUACAGUACUUCCUGGACUUUCAAGCCCAUAAAGUAUGGGCCCCAAUCCACAACGACCUCCCUUUGGGCCCUAAAUUGAAUAAGGCUUUGCAAACUCCAUCUCUCAGUUUCAACUUGAUGGGCCCAAAGCUAUAUGUCAAUACAACUCAGGUCACGGCGGGAAACACCCCCGUCACUGGAAUGCGAUUGUAUCUCGAGGGAAUCAAAUCUAACAGGUUAGGAAUACACCUCCAACAGUUGGUAAACCCACCGGUGCUGCUAGAAGACAAGCUCCACCACCCAGGCACGUGGCGGGGCACGGAGGACACACCCGACCACCACCGCUACCUCGAGCCAAUCCAGUGGAAGAAAUUCUCCCACGUGUGCACCGCUCCCGUCAAGUACGACCCGCGGUGGCUCAACCCGGGGGCCGAGGCCGCCUUCAUCGUCACCGGAGCCCAGCUCCACGUCAAGAAGGACGUCCUCCACCUCCGCCUCCUCUACACCAGGGUCUCUGCCGCCUGCAUCAUCCAGUCCAACUGGAUGCAGACGGCUUCCGCCAACCACUCGUUCAAAUCGGGGUUUUUCUCCUCAAUCAGCACUUCCAUUACCGGGACCACUGAAAAGGACAAGUCGGAGCCGGUGAUCAUGGACUCCGCCGUGUACCCAACCGGGCCGCCCGCACAGGCGCAGAAAAUGCUCAAGUUUGUGGACACGACGGAGAUUUGCCGGGGGCCGUCAGAUAGCCCCGGGCAUUGGCUGGUGACGGGGGCCAAGUUGGACGUCGAGAAGAGGAAGAUAUGCUUACGGGUUAAGUUCUCUUUGUUGAACCUUUCCUCGCAGGCAAACACUAUAUACUAAUAUGUCACGUGCAGAUAUAGAGAAAGGAAAAAGAUGGUUAGCAUUUCUUCAUUCUUUUAAUGGAAUUUUUUGUCCAAUAAAUAUAGUAUUUUCAGCA